AUGGGGCUAGCUUACAACACGUACUUGAACAGCAGCAAGGUCUAUGGCUGCAAGACUUGCAAGGCACAUCUGGCGAACCAUGAAGACAUCAUCAGUCGGAACUUCAGAGGCCAACAUGGUAAAGCGUACCUCUUCAAUAGCGUUGUUAAUAUUGAAACGGGCGAGCCGAGCGAGCGCAACAUGACAACCGGGCGCCAUAUUGUGCGAGAUAUCACUUGCAAGCAAUGCAAGGAGACGGUCGGUUGGAAAUACGACAAGGCAUACGAGGCCACAGAGAAAUACAAGGAGGGCAAGUUCAUUCUGGAAGCUGAGCUGCUUUGCAACGUUACUUGA